CAAAGCCGCUGCGCCGCGGUCCCCUGUCCCCGCCCCCUGCCCCGGGCGGCCGCCGGAGCGCGGGGAGCCGCCGCGAGCCCUUUAAGGGCCGAGAGGUGCGCGGUCUCUUUAAGGCAGGUCCUGGUGGUUUCUGUUUUCCGAAGGAAGUGACGGGGGGUGGGAUUGAAUGAAAAGUGCAAAACAGAGUCUCGCCGCGCCGGAGUCGGGGGCCGCGGCAGUCGCGGCGCUGGGCCGGUGGGCGGGCGGAGGGGGGACCCCGGGAGCGCCGCGUCCGCCUCGGAGCCGCCGGGGGGGCGCGCGGCGGAGCGCAGUCCACGUGCGUCCGCGCCACGUCGCGGGCCCCCCGCGCCUGAGUCCCCCGGGGAGCCGCUGCCCCGCGCGCGCCCCGAACUAGCCAGCAACUUCGCGCGAAGUUUGGCAGCGCCCCUCUCGGCUCGCACGCCGCGCGCCGGGCCCGCGGAGGGCGGCGGCGGCCCCCGGGGAUGCGCCCGCCCGGCCGCCGCGGGGUCCCCACGGCGCCCCCCGCGCUGCUGCUGCUGCUGCUGCCGCCGCUGCUGGUGCCGCUGCUGGGGGCGCCGCGCGGCGUGGGCGCGGGGCCGGGCGCGCCGGCCGAGCUGCGGGUCCGCGUGCGUCUGCCCGACGGCCAGGUCACCGAGGAGAGCCUGCAGGCGGACAGCGACGCCGACAGCAUCAGCCUCGAGCUGCGCAAGCCCGACGGCACCCUCGUCUCCUUCACCGCCGACUUCAAGAAGGACGUGAAGAUCUUCCGAGCCCUGAUCCUGGGGGAGCUGGAGAAGGGGCAGAGUCAGUUCCAGGCACUCUGCUUUGUCACCCGGCUGCACCACAAUGAGAUCAUCCCCAGCGAGGCCAUGGCCAAGCUUCGACAGAAGAACCCACGAGCAGUGCGGCAGGCUGAGGAGGUGCGGGGCCUAGAGCACCUGCACAUGGACAUCGCCGUCAACUUCAGCCAGGGGGGCCUGCUGAGCCCCCAUCUCCGCAACGUGUGUGCCGAGGCCGUGGAUACCAUCUACACCCGCCGGGAGGACGUCCGCUUCUGGCUGGAGCAAGGUGUGGACAGCUCCGUGUUUGAGGCUCUGCCGGAGGCCUCAGAGCAGGUGCACCUGUCCCGCUGCGGGCAGGUGGGGGAUGGCGGGAAGCCCUGUGUCUGCCGCUACGGCCUGAGCCUGGCCUGGUACCCCUGCAUGCUCAAGUACUGCCACAGCCGUGACCGGCCGACCCCCUACAAGUGCGGCAUCCGCAGCUGCCGGAAAAACUACAGCUUCGACUUCUCUGUGCCCCAGCGGCAGCUGUGUCUCUGGGAUGAGGACCCCUAGCUGGGCUGGGGUGAAAGGGGGCCGUCUCUGAGUUCGCUGCUCUGGGUCCACCGCCCUUCCCCCAGCCACUGGAGGGGGUGGCCGCCCCCCACUGAGGCCUUAUCUCCCUUCUCUUCCCUUGAUCCCGGAGCCUCUGGCCCCAUCACUCAAGACUGUGAAAAGGGGUGUGGCAUGGCAGGGGUUAACUCAUGAAGGCAGCCCCCACUCCCACCCUGUGCCUCCCUUGGGGACAGAGAGAAGGGGGUUCUCCGGGUGUGUCCCCCUCCCCUUCAUCUCCCCUGAAGUGUUCUCUUUCAAGCAAACAAAAUGUGAUGGCCCGUGA